AUGGAUGUGUUCAGCUUUGUGAAGAUGCCAAAGCUGUCAGGCCACAGGACCAAAUCAUUAGGCCGGCCGCCCCCUUCAGGGACCUGGAGUGCUUCACAGGGACCCCCCAAUGGAUGGGACAUGGGCAGCAAUAGAGAGGGGCGUGACUGCUACAUCAACCACGUCUCCCAGAGCAGCUCCCUGGAGGAGGUUCGUCUGGACGGGGACAAGUUUGUGCCACAAGCGCCCCGGAAGGUGGAGAUGAGACGAGAUCCAGUGCUUGGCUUUGGAUUUGUGGCAGGCAGUGAGAAACCUGUGGUGGUCCGCUCAGUCACACCAGGGGGUCCAUCAGAAGGCAAGCUGAUCCCAGGAGACGAGAUCAUCAUGAUUAAUGAUGAGCCAGUCACUUCAGCACCCAGGGAGAGGGUUAUUGACCUUGUCAGGAGUUGCAAGGAGUCCAUAUUGUUGAGCGUCAUUCAGCCGUGCCCAUCACCCAAAUCGGCAUUCAUCAGUGCAGCCAAAAAGGCCAAGUUAAAGACUAAUCCUGUUAAGGUCCGCUUCGCUGAAGAGGUCAUCAUCAAUGGCCAGGUCCCCGAAACGGUGAAGGACAACUCCCUUCUCUUUAUGCCAAAUGUUUUGAAGGUGUACCUGGAGAACGGGCAGACUAAAUCAUUUAAAUUUGACAGCAGCACAUCCAUUAAGGAUGUCAUUUUGACCCUGCAAGAAAAGCUAUCCAUUAAGAGCAUCGAGCACUUCUCUCUGAUGCUGGAACAAAGAGCUGAGGGGUCUGCCAGCAAACUCAUGCUCCUGCAUGAGCAGGAGAUGCUAACUCAGGUGACACAGAGGCCAGGGUCAAACAAGAUGAAGUGCUUUUUUCGCAUCACUUUUGUCCCAAAGGAUCCCGUGGACCUGCUUAGGAGAGACGCAGUAGCAUUUGAGUACCUCUAUGUUCAGAGCUGUAAUGAUGUGGUAUUGGAGAGAUUUGGGUCAGAGCUGAAAUACGACACGGCACUCCAUCUGGCUGCCCUGCAAAUGUAUAUUCUAACCAUCAAUACCAAGCAGUCCCAGAAAGUUUCCCUCAAGUAUAUUGAGAAGGAGUGGGGUCUGGCGUUGUUCCUGCCUCCUGCAGUGCUGUCCAGCAUGAAAGAGAAGAACAUCAAAAAAGCCCUCACUCACAUCCUCAAAACCAACCAGAACCUGGUGCCCCCUGGUAAAAAGCUGACUGCCUUGCAGGCAAAGGUCCAUUAUCUGAAGUAUCUCAGCGAUUUGAGGCUGUAUGGAGGACGAGUUUUUAAAUCCACACUAAUUCAAGGCGAGAAGCACACAGAAGUGACAUUGCUGGUGGGGCCCAAAUACGGCAUCAGCCAUGUGAUUAAUACCAAAACAAACCUGGUGGCACUUCUGGCUGAUUUCAGUCAUGUCAAUCGCAUUGAGAUGUAUACAGAAGAUGAGAACAGGGUUAGAGUGGAACUACACGUUCUGGACGUGAAGCCCAUCACUCUCUUAAUGGAGUCUGUUGAUGCAAUGAAUCUGGCCUGUUUGACUGCUGGCUACUACAGAUUACUGGUGGACUCUCGGCGCUCCAUCUUCAAUGUGGCCAAAAACACAGAAACAAGUAACACACCCCAUAAAGGAUUUGAAGACAGAAACAACCAGAGAUGCAACCAAGAUUAUUCUGACCAGGAGUCUGAGUACCUCCAGCAUGGGAGAUUUGAAGGCCAGCGAGUCUACAUUACUGAGAUCCACCAACCCCAACACUCAAUGCACAUGGCAGAGAGGGCAGAGUGCUGCAGAAUCCCUUGCUCCCAAACUUACCUCAACGUCCCCAGGCCCAAACCCCAAGACUCCUCCAGGAGUGCAAAGGUCUCCUUCAUAUUUGGAGAUCCUCCCUUAGACAGUGUAAACCCCCAAAAUCUGGGCUACCAGAGACUGAUGGAUGAGAGCCCAGAGAUGUUAGACAAUCACAGCCACAUGUAUAGGCGUCUCGAGGACGACUAUAAGAUGAUGGAUGCCAUAGAAGACGGGGACGGGUAUCAGUACUCCACCAAAAUCUUUGGUCCUACUGAAUGCAUCGAGGAGCCGCUGCUGCACGAUAUCUGCUACGCAGACACAACAGAUGACGCAGAGGAUGAAGAUGACAUCAGCUGUGAGGAGGACAUGGUGAUGAGUGACAUUGACAAGCCUAUGUUACUGUCACUCUCAGGGUCCAGCGAUGACAUCAUUGACCUGACCUCCCUCCCUCCCCCACCGGACGGUAAUGACGAGGAGGACAAUGACGUACUGCUGCACUCUCUUAACCUGGCCAUCGCUGCUCCUCCUCCCGGCUUCAGGGACAGCUCUGACGAGGAGGAGCAGCAGCAGGGGGCCGGCACUCGGGCCCAGGGGGCCUGCAAUGAUAUCCCAGUGUCUCUUAUAGAUUCAGUGCCCGCCCUCGGAGCAGAAGGCCACGGCGAGCCUCUGAACGAUGCAGUGGUGUCCACCUUACAGGCACUCGAGGCCCUCGCUGCGUCUGAGGAACAGAGUCCGGCACAGUCCGAGAGUAGCACAGGUGUAGAAAUAUCACGAGCAUUUAGUCCUGAGUCCUCAGAUUCUGGCAACGAGACAAAUUCCUCUGAGAUGACAGAGAGCUCCGAGCUGGCCGCUGCUCAAAGACACUCAGAGAACCACCUGAGGAUGCAAGGUUACCACGCUGUGAACGAGGAAAAGACUGAGGUCGCUGCACCUAGCGAUGGUGGUGCGGGAGCUAUGCAGUACAAUACCCAGGAGCAUCAGGAUGAGGAGGCUAAAUCAUCUGCCGUUGCCUCCUCCCAGAUUUUUCACUCCGAUGGCGGUGAGAUGGAGCCAGAGACAAUGGAAAUAAAAUCAGUCAGUGAAUACUUCACUAAGAUGCACAUGGGCUCAGUAAUGAGCAGGCAGAGAGGAAAACAGAGGGUGGCAGAGAGCAGAAUGCAAGGAGUUACCUGUGAAUCCUCUGACAGAUCUCACACGACUUCUCACGACUCAGCUAGAGAGGAGGCCCCUCAUCUUGUUGGAAAGUAUAACGCUUUCACUGUGAGAGAUUCCUACUACAUGAAUCAACUUGAUCUGGGGCGAACUCACUUUAAAGACAGGCAUCAAAAAUGGCAGCAGAGAGUGCCCGAAAACAAAAUGGCAGAAAAUCUCUCUCCAGAUGGUGUGACUGACUCACAGGCUUUCCACACAGACAGGUUGACAGUAAAGGAAGAGAAACAGGACUCAGAUGAAAGAAGCCAACAGUUAAAUGCUUACUCUCCGUCCAAAGGGCCUGCCCUUGCAGAAGGAGAUGCCACUUCACAGGACAAUGAGCAGCAGCAAAUUAAGAUUCCACCAUUGGAUCAUGACGUCACACGGUUAUAUGAAUACCACGUGAGCAAGCGCAUGUCAUCCAUACAGAGUGAAGGCGUUAAUUCUCUUCAGAGCUCGCAGUGUUCCUCUAUAGACGCCGGGUGUAGCACAGGCAGCAGCAGCUGUGUCACCCCCAUGGAUUCGCCUCUUUGUGCCACAGAUAACAUGCAUGUACUGUCAGAGUCCUCGCUCAAGGGGCUGAGUUAUGUUACUGCUGAGGAAAAACAUUAUGGGCCCCCAGGUCAGGGGAGAGUUAGCCAUCCCAUAGACCCCACCCUGCUGAGGAAGAUCCACGCAGCUACCAGUGCUGAGCCUGGGUUCGGGAUUACACGAGAUACCAGUCACCGUAAACCCAAGAUAAAAGAAACCACAGGAAUUAACAAUGUAGCUUGCACACAGCUGAAGAAGGUUGGGGAAGAGUCAUCUUUAGCUCUCUGUAAUGAGACCAGUACCACCACCACAACCAUGUCACCAUCAUCAUUAAGAAGUAGCACAGAGCCCAGAGGGCUAACACAGGCCAGCCCCGAGCCCGACCCACACACCCUGGCUUUCCCCUCAAGCGGAUCUUUAUGUGACCCUAAAACAAGCAGCAUCAGGAAGCCACGCAGGGAUCGGAUGCUCAGGAGAAGCUGGAGCACCAUAAUGCCAAGUUCCAGGAGUUUAGAAGCGCUGAUAGAGAAGACCAGAGCCACACUUACAAGGAGGAGUGGUGGUCCUAAUUUCCCAUCUCAAGAUCCCCCUAAAGUACAGAGGAUAUUCUCUGCCAAAACCUUGCCCAAGAGCUUGUCCCAGGGUUCAGUUGCAACUAAUUUGUCUCGUAGAAGGUUGCUAAGAGGAGCCUCCCUGUUGCUGCCAGAGUCAACAACACCAAGGCUGGAUGUAGGUACGUGGAGGUGCCAUGGGCCGUUCAGUCACUGCUUCCUGCGGAGAAAGAAUAACACUGAUGGUGAUGAUGAAGACACAGAGAUGCACUCACAUGCUCUGUUUUCAGUCAGCUCGGUUUUGAAAGCUGACUGUAAAGCUGAGCAGAGUAACAUAAAUGCAGCUACAAAUGACAUGAGCCUCGAAGCAAGGCUAGCUCGUGUAAAUUCAAUGAAGGGAAAAACCUACAGCCUUCAUACAGGGUUCGCACUUACACGUAAGGAUGCCUUAGAGAUGGCCGGCGUGUUGCGUUCCAGCGUCGGCAACUGGUCCAGAGGUGCGAGACGAGAGGUCAACGAGGCUGAUAUGGAUAACUUCUCUCAGCUGCUUUUCAUGCAGGCGAAAGUGCUGAGCAGCGCCUGCACCCAGAUGGGUGUAGAGUACAGCAGCCCAGAGGAGUUACUGCUCACUCUGACGCACAGCUUCCACACACUCUGCUGCCUAACGCAGGCCUGCAUGUCACUGGUGGAAGGCCUGAGCACCGAGAGAGAGCGGCGCGAGGUGGUAGCCAAGGUGGACGAGGUCGUCAUGAGCUACGUGUGUUUGCUGAAAGCUGCUGAAGCAGCUUCAGGAAGCUCCCCCAGUGACCAAAGUGUGAAUGCAUUGACACAUCACUCUGCCUCCAUGCCUGCUAUUAUAGAUGCACUAACUCACUCACUGAAAACACUGCUCAACAAAUAA